AAGUAUCUUAGAAUCGCUACACAGGUUAGCAUCUAGGCUUUAGCAAUGCGUAUGCGUCCCACACUGUCUAGCCAAAAAAAAAAAAAAAAGAAAAACUUGGGUUUAUUUCUUUACAACUGAGACAUAGCUGUGUAGGAAAUGUCGAUGCUUAGUAAUACUGCUGCGACUUUGUGCCGAGGCUUGUCUUUAAAAACGGUGGGAUCUUUAUUGAACGAGUUAAAGAGCAAUGGGCUUAUCACAAGGAGAAACGUCCGUUUCUCGCAGAUUCGUGUCAAUUGUAUAAAUCGUCAGUUCUGCUCUUCAACACACAACUUAAAGCAGGUUCCAAAAGCUCCAACAUGGGAACCAGUACCGGAAGAACACCUCCCCCCGCCAAAACAAAUCCCUGCAGAUCUGGUGGACAAACUGGAACGGCUGGCUUUAGUUGAGUUCCGGACCAAACAGGGCCUGGAUUGUUUGGAAGAAGCAAUCAGGUUUGCAGAUCAGCUUCAUGUUGUUGACACAAAUGGAAUCGAACCAAUGGAUUCUGUUCUGGAAGACAGGGCUUUAUACCUGAGAGAGGACACAGUGACAGAUGGGUACUGUGCUGACAAACUGCUACAACUGUCCAAAAAUACUCUUGAAGAAUAUUUUGUGGCACCACCAGGAAAUAUUCCUCUACCAAAAAGAGAAGAAAGAUCUGAUCUUCUAAAAAACUCAAGGUUUUGAUAUUUAUUUUUUUGUACUUUAUGUGAAAGAUAAACAGGUGGAAUUAUUUUUAACAUGUAAUUAUGUAAAAUUCCAAUCUGUCAGCCCCCUCAGUACAUUGUGGCUCUGGACAAGUCUGUUUGUUCUAAUACCUUAAAAAUGUAAAAGCUGCUGCUUGCUUUUAGUUUCACUUUCAUCUCACACAAAAUGCUGUGUAAUAUCUGUUCAUGAUAGAGGAUGAAAAUAGAAUAUUCUACUAUUUGUUGUUUUUAAGUGUUGUUCGGACAGCACCUUUAAGUCUUUAAAGGGGUUUAAAAUGAUCAAUUUGCUUUGAAAAUCGUUCGGUGAAAAUCAAGUAAUUAAAAAUCUCUACACAAUUAA